AUGAAUCACCCGUCUUUCGAUAAUAUAUUACAAACCAAAACAUUUAAGUUAGGAAUUGAGGAUAUUCAAAAUAUUGGGUCUUCAUAUUAUGGAGAAAAUAAUAAAAAAAUAGAUCGAUACAAUGAAGAAAUUAAUUUGCUUAAACAACAGCUUAGCGACCUAAACGAAAAGAUGGGGAAAAGCGGUGCAAUACAUAAGGUUCUUGAACCUGUUGGAGCCCCCAAAAUAACCUUUUGGUAUUAUGAACUAAAGGAAAUGAAAGAAUUUCAGGACCUGGUUAUGUACGAAAUAAAAAAAAAGAAAAAGCAUUUUAAAACCUUAAGUAACAGUUGUAUGAAAUAUUUAUGUAACAAGGAAAAAAUAAAAUUAAAAAAACAAGAGGAAGAAGAAAAAAAAUUAAAAAUUCAUUCAAAAAAUAUAUCAUCAUAUAUGGAUGUUUUUUGGAAAAAAAUUGAAAAAUUAGUUUGGGAAGAGAAAAAAAGAGAAUUACAAAAGACUUUAAAUAAAAAUAAAGAAAUGCGAUUUAAAAAGUUUGUCAAAGGUGCCAUUAAAAAAAUUAAAAAUGCUAGACAUAAUGCACAUGAGUUGUUUGAAAAUAACAUGAAUGAUCUUCCUUGCUCAAACAAUAAUAGUGAAAACAAUGCAAAUAGUAAUAACGAAAAUGAGGAAAAUGAAAACGAGGAAAAUGAAAAUGAAGAAAAUGAAAAUGAGGAGAAUGAAAAUGAGGAAAAUUCUGCUAUUGAUGAGGAAGCCGAAUGUGCAAGCAAUAACACUGAUAACGACACAAAAAAUAAUACUAAUGCACCUCCACAACGACCCAUUGAUAGUGCUCCGAAAAAGGAAACUAAAAUAUCCUCAUCCAAAGCUAACCAUAGUAAUGAAGAUAAAGAACUUGAUGAAGAAGAUUUAACCGAUCAGGAAGAUGAAGAUAUUUUAUUAGAUGAAGAAAUGGAAUCUAUGGAUGAAUCAGAAGAACAAGAUGUAAACUUAUUAGAUGAUGAAGCUAAUAUGCCUGUUGAGGAAUUACUCAAAAGAAUAUAUGGUUUUAAAAGUGGAGAAGAAUAUAUACAUUUGAUGCAAAAUGAAGAAGACGAUGAAGAUGGUGAUACUGACAUCGAUGAUCAAGUAUCUACACAAAAUGAUUCGACUAAACCAAGUCAAAACUCAAAAAAAAGGAAACUCCCGGAUGGGGAUGGAAGCGAUAGAGAACCGAAAACUGUGAAGAUGGACGAAACGGAGGCUGCUAGCGAUGCACCAACAAGUAACGAAGUCGCUAACGACGCCGCUAACGAAGCCGCUGACGAAGCCGCUGACGAAACUGCCAACGAUGUAGAUGCACAGAACAACACCGAACCCAUCAACAAAGAAGGAAACGGGGUUAGGGAGAGCCCAAUAAAAAUGGAUGAAAUACUAGAAUGCAAUAUGGAUGAAAAGCAUUUAACAAAAAUUCCGCCAUUCAUAAAAGCAACAUUACGUGAUUAUCAACAUGCUGGAUUACAUUGGCUAUUAUAUUUAUAUAAAAAUAAUAUAAAUGGAAUAUUAGCAGAUGAAAUGGGUUUAGGUAAAACUCUUCAAUGUAUUUCAUUAUUAGGGUAUCUUGCAUAUUAUUUGAAUAUAUGGGGACCACAUCUAAUAAUAGUUCCUACAUCUAUAUUAAUAAAUUGGGAAAUCGAAUUAAAGCGAUUUUGUCCAUGCUUUAAAAUAUUAUCAUAUUAUGGUAAUCAAAAUGAAAGAUAUAAAAAAAGAAUCGGAUGGUUUAAUAAUGAUUCAUUUCAUAUUUGUAUAUCUAGUUAUUCAACAAUUGUAAAAGAUCAUAUAAUUUUUAAACGAAAGAAUUGGAAAUAUAUUAUAUUAGAUGAAGCUCAUAAUAUAAAAAAUUUUAAUACAAAAAGAUGGAAUAUAAUAUUAAGUUUAAAAAGAGAUAAUUGUUUAUUAAUUACUGGAACACCAUUACAAAAUAGUUUAGAAGAACUUUGGUCAUUAUUACAUUUUUUAAUGCCAAAUAUAUUUACAUCACAUUUAGAUUUUAAAGAAUGGUUUUCAGAUCCUUUAAAUUUAGCAAUUCAAAAAAGCAAAAUUAGUGAUUCAAAAGAAUUAAUAGAUAGAUUACAUACUGUUAUUAGACCAUAUAUUUUAAGACGAUUAAAAAAAAAUGUUGAAAAAGAAAUGCCAAAUAAAUAUGAGCAUAUAAUUAAAUGUAAAUUAACUAGAAGACAAAAAAUAUUAUAUGAUGAAUUUAUAAAUAAUAAAAAAGUUCAAAAUACAUUAAGUAGUGGUAAUUAUAUGGGUUUAAUGAAUAUUUUAAUUCAACUAAGAAAAGUUUGUAAUCAUUGUGAUUUAUUUACUAAUAAAUAUAUUCAAACUCCAUAUUAUUAUAUUUUACCUAUUCAAUAUAAUAUACCUAAAUUUUGUUUAUUGUUUGAAAAUAAUUAUUAUAAAGAUUUCUAUCUUAUUUUAUUUUUACAUAAUGAGUUUGUUUCUUUAGGGGGUAUUGCCAAAGAUGCCCACCCCAAUCAAAAACAAAAUCACCAAUACUCAGAUUCUAACAUUCAGAUAGCUUCAAAAAAUAAUGACUCACCAUUUUCCAAUUCUGAGCAAUUACAAAAUAAUAUUCUCAACAUGGAAAUGCCAUUCGGUUUUCCCUUUAGUAAUUUUUCGAAAAAUAGUGAAUGUACAAAUUUAAAUGGAAUAGGUCAAACAAAUGAAUUGGCUAGUAAGUCUCUAAUUGAAGAGGUAAAUCAUGGAGGCUCAUUUUUUUCAACUCAUAGCCAAAAUAAUAUACCUUUUUUUGAAAAUGCAAAGAUGGAGGAACAAAAUAAUUUGAAUACACCUGAAUGGUUUAACGAAAUAAACAAAAUGAAAGAUAAUCCAAAUUUUGAUUAUUUAAAUUAUUACAAAAAUAUUUUAAUUAAUUUAAAUCAAAAUAAGGAACUAAAAAUGGGUAGCCAAAUAGUUAAUAAUGAAAGUGUGCAAGACUUAUGUACCUACGUAAAUAAUGAAAUAUACAAAGAAAAUAUUCCUAAAAAUUUUCUAACAUAUUCAAAUGAAUUUAUUAACGAAUUAAAUAAUAAUUAUGAUAUUUUAUCUAAAUUUAUAGACCCACAAAAUAAGUAUAAAAGUUAUGAUGAACAUUUAUAUGUUAUGGAAUAUGAUAAAACUUUUUUUAAUACACCACUUCAAAGUGAUAGUUUACGAGGGAAUAAGCAAAUGAUUCCUCAUUCAAGAGGUUCUGGUAAUAGAGGUCGUCCUCCUAGGGGUACUCAUCCUGGCCGUCCAUCUCGGGGCAGUCAUCCUGGUCGUCCAUCUCGGGGCAGUCAUGCAGGACGUCCACCUCGAGGUGGCCAUGUUGGUCGCCCACCUCGGGGAGAUACUGGAAGUCAAAACAUACGCACUAAUAUUAAUGAAAAAACUGAACAACCCAAUAAUAAUGUAAAUAGUAAUAAACUGAACGAAGGGAAUGAAACAAUUGUUCGGUCUGUAGAGAGUGUGCAUUUUUGGAAAAAAAAAUAUUUAUAUAGAUAUAAUAUGAAAGUAAUAAAUAGAGAAGUGCAAUAUAAAAACUUUUUUACUGAUGAAACAAAUCAAGCUUAUUUAAAUUCGUUAGAACAUAAUUUAUGGAUAAAAAAACAAAAGGAAGAAGAAAUGAAGAAAAUGAAAAUUGAUGAAAAAAAAAACAAGCAAUUAGUAUCAGAUUAUCAUUUUAUUAAAAAUAGUAGAAUACCAAUAUUUGGAUCAAAUUUAUUACAUCUAUUAAAAACAGAAUUUUCAAAAGAUAAAAAUAUUGUAUAUAACCAUACAAACAAUAUAAUUAUAAAUAAUACAUCUAUGAAAGAAGUACAUGUAGAGGAUAUACCUUCGACUGAUUAUUACUAUAAUUAUAUGGAUCAAAAUAUAAAAAAGGAAAAUAAUGAUUUUGGUGAAAGUCUAAUAAAUGAUAAUAAUAAUAUAAACAGAUGCAAACCAAAUGAUUCUGCUUCUAUAGUGUUAGAACGACUCUUCCCAACUAUGGAAUAUUUUCUUAAACUAUAUGAAAAAGUUAUACAAAAUUUUAUAGUAAUAAAUUGUCCAUUUGUUAUUUGUAGUCCCCCAAAUAUAUUGAUAAAUAGAAAUUCGAAAUAUGACAAUGAUAAAGAAAUAUGUAGAACCCAAAAUUAUAGUAAUAUUAGUAGAGAAGAAGAUAUUAUAAAAAAAAUAAAAAAAGCCACAAGAGUAUAUCAUAAUGCAUUUCUAAAACAGUCUAUUAUUUUUCCUUUAAAUAAAGAUAUAUCAUUAGGAAGUGGUAAAUUAUUUGCUUUAGAAAAAUUAUUAAGUAAAUGUAAAAGAGAAGGAAAUAAAUGUUUACUAUUUACACAAUUUAUAAAAAUGUUAGAUAUUUUAGAGAUAUUUUUAAAUCAUUUAAAUUAUUCAUUUAUUCGGCUUGAUGGUUCAACGAAAGUAGAACAGCGUCAAAAAAUUGUAACUAAAUUCAAUAAUGAUAAAUCUUAUUUUAUAUUUAUAUCCUCAACACGUAGUGGUAGUAUUGGUAUUAAUCUGACAGCAGCUAAUGUUGUCAUUUUUUAUGACACAGAUUGGAACCCAUCAAUUGAUAAACAAGCGAUGGAUAGAUGUCAUAGAAUAGGGCAAACUAAAGAUGUUCAUGUAUUUCGAUUUGUUUGUGAAUAUACUGUAGAAGAAAAUAUAUGGAAAAAACAAUUACAAAAAAGAAAGCUAGAUAAUAUUUGUAUAAACAUGGGAAAUUUUAAUAGCCAAAAUAAUCGAAAUAAUAAUACAAGUCUUCAAGACCAUAAUGAAAUGAACAAAGACUGGUUCUCAAAUGUUGAUACUAUCAAAGAAAUAUUUAUUAACAAACAAAAUAAUGACGAAGAUGAUGAUAUUUAUCAGGAUAGAUUAUUACAUGAACAUUUAGAGAAUCCAGAAAAAACAAAUGUUCGUUUUGAAAAAACAUUAGAGCAUGUUGAAGAUAAAGAUGACAUAAAUGCUUUGCACGUUACAAGAAGGGAAAGGCAACACGAAUUGUCUCAAGACAUGCAGGAAUUUACAAACAAAAACGAUUUUCAAGAAGCCUAUAGUUUAACUUCCUAUUGUUUUAACUUUUUAAAUGAAAACUUAACAGAUAGUUUGAAACAACAAAUUGAUGAAAUGAAAAUGAGAAUUGAAAUUGAAAUGAUAAAUGCUAAGGAAGACGAGAACAAUUCGUUUGAUAGUUUGUCUAACCAAAGUGAUGAAGUAGAAAAUUAUGAACAAGUCAGAAAUGCAGCAACAUAG